GUCUCGUAUUCGAUCUCGUAUUUGAUCUCAGCUGCCUGCCACCCGCACGACCAUGAAGAGCAUAAGGAUCUUACUUGCUUUGGUUUUCUGCCAGUUGAUCGCCGCACACAACAUCUUGUUGAGUCCCUAUGGCAAGCUGUGUUUCUUUGAAACAUUGAAGAAGAACGACGAGCUCGCCGUUUCGUUCCAGGUCGGCUCCAGAAACCCUCACAACGCCGAACAGUAUGUAGCCGACUUCUACGUAAUUUCCCCUCAUGGCAAAGUCAUCUUGAAGAAGACUGACUUGGACCAUGGCGACGAGAAAGUCAAAGCCGAUACAAACGGUAAAUACACCUACUGUUUCUCCAACGAGAAAACCAAUAUCGUCGACAUGGACGUCUCGUUCAACAUUCAUGGCGUCGUUUACGUUGAUGUCAACGACCCUAAGGCUGACUCCUUGGACUAUGCCAUCCAGAGAUUGUCCCAGUUGACCAACGACGUCAAAGCUGAACAGGGCUAUCUUGUCAUUAGAGAAAGAACCCACAGAAACACUGCCGAGUCAACCAACUCCAGAGUCAAAUGGUGGUCUGUUUUCCAGAUUCUUGUGGUUGCUGCCAACUCUGUGUUCCAGAUCUACUACUUGAAGAGAUUCUUUGAAGUCAAGUCAGUUGUCUAAGCCAAAUGAAAAGUACAUAAAUAGUUCCGCUCUGCCACAAUAUACAUCAUGUCCAAAGAAUUCCCGAGGUAAAAGAUGCAGAUCAAUGGUUAUACUCAUAUACAUAUAUUUUAGUAU